GGGAUUUCUCACAAGAAUGGGGUGAUUUUUUUUUUUUUUUACCUCUUAAUCUGAAAUAUUCUGACCAAACAGAUUGCUCAGAUCUGAGGAUGAUAAGUAGUAGCUAGUAGCAUUGGUUUGACAGAUGUGUUGCUUGUCAUUUAUGUUUCAUUCUGAUGGCAAAAAUUUAGUAGAUACUCAUCAUAGAAAUCAUUCAGAGUUUGAAUGCAAAGCAGGUUUCUAAAAAAACCCAAAAACCAAUGAGAGUAAAGACUGAAGAGUAAAAGACUGAAUGGUAGAGAAAGAUAAAUGGAUUGUGGACAAAUUCAAUUGUACUUACACAGCCGCUUUUCAACCAUCUGGCCUAACAGUUCUGAGUACCGUGAGGAUUGGUUCCAGUAGCAUUUCCACUUGAGCACUGUUCAGCACAGAAUGAUUAAAAACCUUUCUCAGCACAUAUUUCUCGGCACGGUUAGAAUACUGUGCUCAACCGUGUUGGUGGAGUGGCUUUAGUACAUGGUGACUCACGAUUGUCAAUCUGCCAACUUCAAGGUAGCUCACUUGUUUCUAGGUAGCUCAUACAAUAUAACUCAUAUAAUAUUUUGUCAGUAAAUGUGCUUUUUUUAAAUUAUUAUUAUUUUUUUAAUCCCCUUUUCUCCCCAUUUGGAAUGCCCAAUUCCCACUACUUAGUAGGUACUCAUGGUGAUGCGGUUACUCACCUCAAUCCGGGUGGCGGAGGACAUGUCUCAGUUGCCUCUUUUGAGACGUCAGUCCACGCAUCUUAUCACGUGGCUCGUUGUGCAUGACACCACAGAGACUCCGCAUGUGGAGGCUCAUGCUACCCUCCACGAUCCAUGCACAACUUACCACGUGCCCCAUUGAGAGCAAGUACCACUAAUCGCGACCAUGAGGAGGUUACCCCAUGUGACUGUACCCACCCUAGCAACCAGGUCAAUUUGGUUGCUUAGGAGACCUGGCUGGAGUCACUCAGCACACCCUGGAUUCGAACUCGUGACUCCAGGGGUGGUAGUCAGCGUCAAUACUCGCUGAGCUACCCAGGCCCCCGUAAAUGUGCUUUUUAGCUAGUCUGGAAACUUUUACCUUUAUGUGUGUUCCUGUCCGGUGGUAUGCACAACCCCUCAGCAAAUGUGGGUAAACCUUUCGCCUUUUACUUUUUGCUUUCCUUUUUUGUGACAUGGGACAUGUCUUUUCAUGUGCUUUAACAGAGUAAAAGUAGUCCUAAAAACUGGAGUAUGCGGCAUCAUCCAAAGCGCACUCGCUCCAAUGUUUAGCCACCAACUGACGUAUUUGUUAAGUACAUUCAAGCACCACAGUGGAAAAAGAAACCAUAAUCAUUCCAACUGGCCCAGAUCAGCACGCAACGGCACGGUUUUGCAAUGAGAACUGUUCGCUCGAUGAUGAAAAAGCAGCUUAAUUUGUUGUUCCGUACACUUAGACUUACAAGUAUAUUUCUUACUGAUGUUUUUAAAACUUUCUCCAUUAUUAAAAUGUAAAUUUUAAUUCAUUUACCUUGCUAGCUUGAAGAAAUUGUAGUUACACUAUUUUAAACCUAGGACAUACGUUCAUGUGAUAUUUUAAGCAGGAUAAAACACUCUUUUUCUUUUUUUUUUCUUUUUUUUCUGAAUCAUAUGAUUUCAGGGUCUUAUUAUGAUUUCAUUGAGAAACCCUGAUGUUUUGAAGCCAAUCGCACUCCUUUCAUGUGUGUGUGUGUUAUGCAGGAUACUCUUAGUAAGAUUUUGCACUGACUAUAUGCAUGGAAUUUACUCUAAAUCAGGUGUGUAAUUAAACCUUUGGGAGUGUAACAACAGUACGUGCCAAAGCUGUAAUUUAACUGUCAAACACUGCGAUAAUGUCUCUAAUUAGGUCUUCAACCUAAACCAAAUAAAAGUGCUGUUUACAGAAUCUGAUAUAUAUGACAGGACGUUUUUAUUUGAGGGUGUUCAGUGUUAAUGUUAGUUCAGUUCCAUGCCUUUUAUUUGUUCCUUCUUGAUUAUCAAAAACUCUGCUAGUUCAUCUAUUAUGUACUCUGUUCAGCUAAAUAAAGGAUGCCCCAGGGUACAUUGUACUCUGUGACAUAUUUGCAAUACAAAAUAAAACAGUGGUAAAAUGUCCAAGCUGAUGGUUCCUCUUGGACUGCUAGAGUGUCUGACCUGAAUUAAGUGAGCGAAAUUGAACCGCUGAACUCAGGUUAAAUAUUGAUCUGUUGGUUCUGCCUACUGUUUCCUGAUGGAGAGUAAAUGUGUGCCCAUACACAUACACAUACACACAAUCUGUUCUGUUGUACUGUCACAGAUGGAUUACACUACUGUAGGCUAUAACCUGUGUAGUCACGUGAGCCACUGAGCGAUUGCCUAGCGAAAUGGUUGUGUGUGUGGGUGUGUGUGUAGUUGAGAUGAGGAGAUUUGUCAAUGACUGUGUUACAGAGAGGUCGUACCAUCCAUAUGAUUAAACAAAAAAAUUAUAAUAUAUAUUAUGUUUGCUUGACAAAAAUACUGUUAUUCUACAGACUUGGUUUAGGGUUUUUCCAAAAUCCCAAAUCCAAGAUCAAAAUAGCCAGUUACAAACUCCUCCUAGAGCUUUCAAUGUACAUGCACCAAACUCAGCACACACCUUCAGACUGUUCUGACUUGGGUCGCUAUAACUUUUGUAACCCUAACCCUACUGAAGCUUUUGACUGUUCAAACUCCAACUGUUGAAAAAUUCAAAUGUAAACCCUUAAAAUAAAACUUCAAUCAGGACCACUUCCGUCAAAUUAAUACUUGAAUGAAUACUUUAUUCACUUACAGACAAGUGAAGCGAUCUGUUGGUGUUGGGGUAUGGUUCUGUUCUGGGGAAUUUCUCCACCCAUCCAAUUGCUAGAACUUCAAAUACUGUAUAUCAAGUUGGCAAUCAAGAACAAGGCAGAAUAACACACUGAAGAUAGGAAUUCCAAACUGGCAAUCAACUGUAGACUUAGAGCACAAACAACAAAACAGAUGUAGAGAAACUAAAGGUAAGCUGCCAUACAGAGGUGCAGAUGUGGAUACAGGAGGGUAUUAAGUGCAGCUUGCAUCCAUGCAAUGGAAUGACAACUAAGCAAUUAAUGAAUUAAUAUAUGGAAGACUUAAAUAGGACCACUCUGAUAAGCGUCUGAAUUGUAUUGGUAGACGUCAUGAUCAGCUGAGCGUCAGCUGAUUGCGAGCUUGACAGAACUAACGCUACACUUGAUUUUUUGCAUUUUAAAUUUUAUUUAAAAAAACAGUAUUUGCUUUAUUUAUUAAUCGAUUUUUCCAACUAAGGACAUCCCAGAAUGUCCUCAAAUUGAGAUUUUGUCAGACUUAGCUCACUUGUGGGGAAAAAUUGGUCCCCAAACUAUAACUAAGUAAACCCACACACAUACACACUCACACAACUAAGAUCUACAUGCGUUUCAAUGUAUUAGUUUACACUCUCUGAAAAUUAGCUCAUUGGAUCAAAUGAAGACAGAACACAAAAGAAUAGAUGAACAUAUAAGAGGAGACAUGAUACUAGCUUCUGUACUACUACCAGGGAAGGAGGAAUCAUAUUUCAGCCAUUUGAUAUUCUGAUGUGAAGUUUGUUUAAAGUCUAGAGCACACUACACGACUCAAGCGCGACUCCUUUGAUGUUUUGAGUUGGCGACUGGUCUGCGACAAGAAGUCUCGGAGUGCACGACCAACUGUCAAGUAGUGUGCACACUCUUGCGACUCGCACGACGAGAUGGAUUUCAAACCUGCUCGAAAUCUGGCCGAUGAGUCGUCAGGUGUCUGGACAAGCAAGAGACCGACAAUGAGCAACAGCCAAUGAAAUAUAGAGAGUGCGUACAAGGAGAGCAAGCUAUGCAGCAGGUGUUGGAUAAUCUGAGUGAGUUGCCUGCCACCACCGGGGCUAAAGACCUUGACCUCAUCUUCCUCAAAGGCGUCAUGGAGAGCCCUAUCGUACGCUCGCUGGCCAAGGCUCAUGAGCGUUUGGAGGAUGUGAAGUUGGAGGCAGUACAAGAGAAUAAUGUUGAGCUUGUGACUGAGAUUCUGGGUGACAUCAGCGGACUGAGUGUACGAGAUGACAGCGCAGCAGAACUGUCCAAAAUCCUGCAGGAGCCUCAUUUUCAGUCUCUCCUGGAGGCCCAUGACAUUGUGGCAUCUAAAUGCUAUGAGGCCCCACCCCCUCCUGAAGUAACCAACAAUGCAGCAGUAAACAAUGCUUUCAUGCAGGCUGAUGCAGUCAGGAUGAUUGGUAUCCACAAGAAAGCAGGAGAACCACUGGGUGUGACCUUCCGAAUGGACAAGGGUGACCUGGUGAUUGCUCGGAUUCUUCACGGAGGGCUGAAUGACAGGCAGGGGCUGCUACAUGUGGGUGACAUCAUAAAGGAGGUGAAUGGGAAGGACGUUGGCAAUAAUCCCACUGAUCUCCAGGAGAUGCUGAAAGAAUGUAGCGGAGGAAUAACACUAAAAAUACUGCCCAGCUACAGAGAUGCUCCAGCACCACCACAGGUGUAUGUGCAACCACAUUUUGACUACAAUCCAACCAGUGACAAUCUAAUUCCAUGCAGAGAGGCGGGGCUUGCUUUCAAAAGGGGUGAUAUCCUGCAAAUUGUCAACCGGGAAGACCCAAACUGGUGGCAGGCAUGCCAUUUGGUGGGAGGAGCUACCGGACUGAUUCCCAGUCAGUUCCUUGAAGAAAAGAGAAAAGCAUUUGUUCCUAAAGACUUGGAUGGAACAGGAAUGCUGUGUGGAACAAUGACUGGUAAAAAGAAGAAGAAGAUUAUGUACAUAACCGCCAAGAAUGCAGAAUUUGACCGACAUGAGCUUCAAAUCUAUGAGGAGGUAGCACGUAUGCCGCCGUUUCAGAGAAAAACACUCAUUCUGAUUGGAGCACAAGGAGUGGGCCGUCGUAGCUUAAAAAACAGACUAGUUGUAUUACAUCCCACCCGCUUUGGUACAACUGUACCACACACGUCUCGGCGGCCUCGUGAAGAUGAGCGAGAUGGUCAGUCGUAUAGAUUUGUAACACGGUUAGAGAUGGAGAUGGACAUCAAGGCUGGCCGUUACCUGGAACACGGAGAGUACGAUGGAAACCUCUACGGUACUAAAAUCGAUUCCAUCCACGAGGUUGUCAAUGCCGGGCGCACCUGUAUUCUAGAUGUCAAUCCUCAGGCUCUGAAGGUGUUGAAAACGGCAGAAUUUAUGCCAUAUGUUGUGUUCAUCGCGGCACCAGAGUUUGACACACUGAAGGAAAUGCACAAAGCUGUGGUUGAUGCUGGAAUCACCACCAAACAACUUGCAGAUGUGGACCUGAAGAAGACUGUGGACGAAAGCGCUCGUAUCCUGCGGACUUACAGACACUACUUUGAUCUCGUCAUUGUCAAUGACAACCUAGACUGUGCAUUUGAGACACUGCAGGCGGCUGUGGACAAACUCUGCAGUGAACCGCAGUGGGUUCCAGUGAGCUGGGUCUACUGAGGGCACCUUUUAUAAGAUCACCAUACAAGAGUGUUAGAGUGUGUAUGAAUGUGUGUGCGUGCGUGCAUGUGUGUGAGAAGUAUCCGAAGUGAUGGAUGUGGGGCGAAAUGAAGUUACGCAUCUCCUACAACAUCACCAAUAGCCCCAACCUCUCUUUUGUGUACACAAUGCAAUGUUUUUUUCUACUCAACCUGAAAGGGAAGAAUACUUAUUUAUUUUAGUGUUUGUAUGUUUUUAAAGAAUAUGUUUCUAUCUGUAAUCUCUUGGGAGUUCAGAGAAAAGAGAAAACAAGGAAUAUAUAAGCUGGCUUUGACGAAUCCUAGGCCAUCUUUUUUAAUUUAUUGUUUUAGUUAAUUUUUCCGUGUUUGUUUUUCAUUUUGUAGUUCCUAAACUGUGACGUUUUUGUACUCAAAUGAUGGACUAACCUGACAAGAGUGUAGCAGGCCAAGGGCUCAUUUAGAACAUUCUAGAAUGCAAUCCCAAAACCAAGAACCAUAAAACUGUUUACACCCUCAUCUCUUUUUCUGCCACAUAACUUGAACUGAAUCGCAUGCUUGUCUUCAUAUCCAAAAGAGAUGUAUUGAAUCUCUUUUAUGCAAAAGUCCAUAUCAGUGUGUGCAGUUUAUUUUAUAUUUAGUCUGUUUUGUAGCUUUUUAUUCACUGAAUUUGUGUCUGUGUUGUAAAACGAUUGGCUGCACAUUGUGUCUGUCUCAUGAUCCUCAGUGUCCUUUAAGGAACCAAACAAAUAAUCCUGUUGCUUUUAGUCCUACCUUUUCUGAGCAACCUCCUUUUCUUAUGCAUUUUUUUCUUGUAUGUCACAAAAAUUCUGUCCCAGAAUGACAUGACCUGUCUGCCAAAGUUUCUGUUCUUUUGUUUUUCUCAUCGUCUCUGUCAACAUGACCACUACAACAAGGCAAUAAAUAAAUGGA